AUGAUCCAGGUGGUUUGUAACAACCACCUCGAGAAGAAAGAGUGCAUGAAGCACAACACUGAUGACACCAUUGGGGACUUGAAGAAACUGAUCGCAGCCCAGACUGGCCCUCCUUGGAAUAAGGUAGUGCUGAAGAAGUGCCACACAGAUUUUAAGGACCACAUGUCUCUGGGAGACUAUGAAAUCCACAAUGGAAUGAAUCUGGAGCUUUGUUACCAGCAGAGCUCAUUCCUCCCAGCUCACCCGUCUCCCGCAACCCUGCCCUCCCCUCCACCCUGA